GCGCUCCUCCUCUACGGCCUCGUGCGUGCCACCCGCCCGCGCACCAUCCUGGAGUUUGGCACGGCUGCUGGCUUCAGCUCCUCGAACUGGCUCCACGCCGUGGCGGACGACCCAGACGCGCGGGUGUUUAGCUUCGACAUCGUGGCGCACCCGGUCGUCAGAUCCAUAGAGGACACCGACCCCCGCUUCGCGUUCGUGCAGAAGAGCCAGACGGACUUCGAGCCUCGGGACGUGGAGUUCCGAGUCAUCGACGUCGUCCUCUUCGACGCGGGCCACCUGGUCGAGUACAGCCUCCGCGCGUUCGAGCGCGUGCUCCCACGGCUGAGCCCUACUGCCAUCGUGGCCGUCCCGGGCCGCCUCGUCGCUGCGGUGGCCCGCCGACGCCGCCCGGCGCCGUCGGGGCCGGCGGGCCGCCCGAGGCCGAGGGCCGGCCGCUCACGGAGGAGGUCUGCGCGCGCCUGCCUGGCGGCGCGGCGCAGUGCCGCCGCUUCCCGGGCUGCGCGGGGCCCGAGGACGAGCUCGGGCUCUGCGUGGGGCGCGCCCACCGCCCUUCCGAGCGGCGCUUCGUGCGCGAGGUGCUGCGGCGCUGGCCAGACCUG